AUGUCAAUUGUGAAAUGGAGCGUUAAAUCAACAAGAGAUGUUAGUUACUUGUUGUCGCCUAUCAUUGACUUUAGCGGCCCUCCGCGGAGAAGGGGCAGCUCCUAUUCAAAACCUAAAAUGCAGACAAACUUGAGGAGGAGAAAUUCAAUGAUAGACGCGUCAAAAUUGAAAAAUUCCCAAAGUAAGAGAAAUGAAAAUUUGCCUGGGAUUCAGUUUACUCCGCUUCAUGCUUUUUUGCUCUGCACUUUUUGCCAGUAUAGCAUUUAUUCUGGAAAUUUGGUCAAUUUUUUCCCCUCAGAGUCAUUUGCUCGAAAAUUUAACAUCUGAGGAAAUUUUUUAAAUAUCUCCCUUCAGCAAGCUCAGAUCAAUGGUAUACACCUAGUUUACCCCUAGGAUUAAGAAGCAUUUCGAAUUAUUUGAGCCGAGUAUUUAUGAAAGAGUAAAUACAGAUGGGAGAAUCAAAGGAUUUUCUCAGACUUUUGAGAAAACUCAUGAAGCUGUGACCAAGUUCAUUGAUUAUACUGACAAGCUGAAAGUGCAAAACUCAGCUAGGCUUGAAAGGUUUAGAAAAGAGCUUUUGGGGAAAUAA